AUGACCGUUGAAACUGUGGCACCUACCGACACCAAACAUCUGCGACCAGGGUCGCCGUCCCUCUCCUCGUCCAAGGAGGCCGGCAAUGUGACUAUUGUGGCCCACGAGGAGGACCUUGAUGGCGAUGCGGGGCUCCAUGAGCUUGGCUACAAAGCCGAGCUGCAUCGCACCCGAGGCUUCAUGGACGUUUUUGCCAUGUCGAUCACCUGUUUGGCUGUCCCAUAUGGUUACGGAACAACGCUGGCUACUGGAAUCUAUGGCGGUGGCCCGAUGACCAUGGUCUGGGGCUCCCUCAUUGUUACCAUCCUGCAGUGGACGAUCGCGUUUUCGCUUGGCGAACUUGCCUCUCGUUGGCCAACCUCUGCGGGCGCGUACUACUGGACCUUUCAGCUCGCACCAAAGCGUUUCCGCACUGUCCUUUCGUACAUCAACGGCUGGCUCCUCCUCACGGCCGUCCUCCUCACCACCACGUCUGUCGCCUUUGGCAUCUCACAGCACAUUGUCGCCACCGUCAACAUUGUUCACCCUGACUGGAGCCCUGCUCAAUGGGUCUACAUUCUUAUUGCAUACGCGCUCCUCGCCCUUGCCGCUAUUCCCCUUUUGAUGAACCCUCGCUAUCUGACGUUUAUGGAGAAGACCAACGUUAUUGUCACUUGGGUCUACAAGUUUGCCCACAUCAUUGUUCUGUCAGCUCGCGCCAAGGCUGGACGUAGGAGUGCAAAGUACGCGUUUACCCACUAUGAGCCUCAGCUCAGUGGUUGGGGUGAUGUUUGGACCUUCUUCAUCGGUUUCCUGCCCGGCGCAUACGCCAACUGCGCACCGGGUUUCGUGCUCGCCAUGACCGAAGAGGUCCACAAGCCCGAGACCAACGUUCCGCGUGCUAUGGCUUACAGCAUGAUGCCUGCGUCGUUUGUCCUCGCGUGGGCAUUCAUCCUUCCCUUGACUUUUACCAUGCCCUCGUCCGAGGUCCUCCUCGAGGCUCCCAACGGCAUCGUUCUUCCAUACGCCUACAAGCUCAUCGUCGGCAACGACGCCGGGGCCAUUCUCCUCAUGCUCGGCAUCCUCUACAUUGGCUUCAACUGCCUCGUCGGCAUCAACACCACCGCCUCGCGCCAACUGUGGUCGUUCUCGCGUGACCACGCCGUCCCCGGAUCGGCCAUCUGGUCGCGCGUCACCCCCAGUGGCAACGUGCCCUACGCCAUCGCCCUGUGUCUCGUUGUCCAGUGCCUGCUUUGCCUCAUCGACCUGGGAAGCACCACCGCCUUCAACUCGUUCGUCAGCACGGCUGUCAACGCCUUCAUGGCUGCCUACGCGCUUCCCAUCCUCCUCAGCCUCCUCGAGGGCCGCAAGAGCAUCUCGUCUGCACCUUUCACGAGGCGCAUCGUGGGUCUCGUCUGCAACUGGGUGGUUAUGAUCUGGGCCCCGCUCGGCCUUGUCAUCUUCAGCAUGCCCGCCGUCAUCCCCGUCACCGCUCAGACUAUGAACUACUCGAGCGUUGUUCUCGGAGGCUUUAUCACCAUCGCCAGUGUCUGGUACUUGGUGUAUGCCCGUCGGGUGUACAAGGGCCCCCCUGCCAGCGCAGAGCUUCAUUGA